GCCCCAGCCCAUCAGCCUCUGCCCCUGGAGACCCUGCCCCGUCCCGCCUUUGCCUCCUGAUCUCCUGCUUCCUUCCUCCUUCCUUUGCUGUGCCCCAGGCAGGUGAACACAUGUUCUUCCCCACUGCUGCCUUUGCUUCAGCGCUUCCCUCUGGGAAUGCCCUGCCUGGAAUCGCUGAUGUCUAAAUUUAACCUGCCCCUAACGCUCCAGCUUGGCUGUCCCCUCCAGGAACCCUCCUCUGAUUUCUACCCUGGCCCCAGGUGAAAGCUGUUCCUUUCUCCCCUGGGAUCCCAUAGCUGGGAUCCCACUACUUUCCACCCCCAUGAUGGCAUUUGGAAAGUUCUGCUAUACGUGUCUGCCUUUUCCUCUUGUGUGCACUUGUGCUGGCAGGGUCAGAAGUUCUCCCCAAGACCCCUCUUCCCACCGGAAGCUCCAGGACAGAAGGAGGGGGUCCACGGUGGGGGGAUGGCAUGGUUUCUGAAGUAAAGAUAGGCUCAGGAUUUCUGAACCCUGCAACGCCAAACUCCCUUCCUUGAGCUGCCACCUGAUCACAGGGAGAAUGGCUCUGCUUGGUACUUAACAUUAUAAUCACGUUUGUUUUUGUUCAUAACCCAAAGGAUUUCCACCAGAAAAUCAGAGAGACGUGAGUCCAAAUCCCACCUCUUCCACUUGCUAGCUGUGUAUCCAUGGGCCAGUUACCUAACUCUCUGAGUCUCAGCUUCUGGUAAUAGUACUUGCUUUAGAAGGCAGUGGUAAGAUUUAGGUAAAAUAAAGCUCAGGGCCCAGCAAGUGGUGAGUACUCGAUAAGUGCCAGCUAUCAUGAAGAGUUAGCGAUGGUUGACCACCACUUGGAAUUAUUGGAGAAAUGUUAAAUCAUUACUAAAUGGUUCACACUGACUCUGUUGAGUGGUGGGCCAAGGGGGUUCGGGCCAAGAAGAGGUAAGCAUUUGUGUGUGUGUGCUCAGCAGGGCCUGUGAGCUUUCUGCAGCUCUAAGCCAUCCAUUGCCUUUGCAAUAAGAGAAAGAAUUGCCUUUCUAUUUUUCAGCUUUAAAAUUUACGAGCUUUGAGUUCUGUGAGGAUCCACACCUCUAGAGUGAAUGUGUGAAUGCAGUUUGUGCAAUUCCGGCCUCCAGUAGCAUCCACAUCUUGGUCAUCUGUCUCUCCCGGGUCGUAGGACGUUUUGCAAAUACAAGACAAACAGUGGAAAGUGAAACUGUAACUCUUGUGCGAGUCGGGAUCUCGUGAAAUCAAAGCAAGUGAUGGUGGAGAACUGCCUGAAGGACGCUUUAGGACGAAUCUCAUUUUCAGCUUCUGCCAGAGUCAGUAGCAGUUGGGAGAGAAGGCUGUGCUCUUUAAAGACUGGUGGUGGAAGGACUGAACGGUGUGUGAAAGAGCAACCUCUACAGAAAUGGCAACGAGAAGAAAUGAGUACCAGGACCCAGUGUGGUGGCCGAGGGAACUGUGGUCUGACGCAUACAAGCCCCUGCAGGUGUCAGCCAGCCUCAAAGAGCAGGAUGGAUCUUGACGUGGUUAACAUGUUUGUGAUCGCGGGCGGGACGCUGGCCAUCCCAAUCCUGGCAUUUGUAGCCUCGUUUCUCCUGUGGCCUUCAGCGCUGAUCAGAAUCUAUUACUGGUACUGGCGGAGGACAUUGGGCAUGCAGGUCCGCUAUGUUUACCAUGAAGACUAUCAGUUCUGUUAUUCCUUCCGUGGCAGGCCGGGGCAGAAACCUUCCAUCCUCAUGCUCCACGGAUUCUCUGCACACAAAGAUAUGUGGCUCAGCGUGGUCAAGUUCCUCCCAAAGAACCUGCACUUGGUCUGCGUGGACAUGCCAGGACAUGAGGGCACCACCCGUUCCUCCCUGGAUGACCUGUCCAUAGAUGGGCAAGUCAAGAGAAUACACCAGUUUGUAGAAUGCCUUAAGCUGAACAAAAAGCCUUUCCACCUGGUAGGCACCUCCAUGGGUGGCCAUGUGGCUGGGGUGUACGCUGCUUACUACCCAUCGGAUAUCUGCAGCCUAUGUCUCGUGUGCCCUGCUGGCCUGCAGUACUCAAGUGAUAAUCGAUUUAUACAACGGCUCAAAGAACUGCAGGAGUCGGCUGCUGUAGAGAAGAUUCCCUUGAUCCCGUCCACCCCAGAAGAGAUGAGUGAAAUGCUCCAGCUCUGCUCCUAUGUCCGCUUCAAGGUGCCCCAGCAGAUUCUGCAAGGCCUUGUCGACGUCCGCAUCCCUCAUAACAACUUCUACCGAAAGUUGUUUUUGGAAAUCGUCAAUGAGAAGUCGAGAUACUCCCUCCAUCAGAACAUGGACAAGAUCAAGGUCCCCACGCAGAUCAUCUGGGGGAAGCAAGACCAGGUUCUCGAUGUGUCCGGGGCAGACAUGUUGGCCAAGUCAAUCGCCAACUGCCAGGUGGAACUUCUGGAAAACUGUGGGCACUCAGUGGUGAUGGAGAGACCCAGGAAGACAGCCAAGCUCAUCGUCGACUUUUUAGCUUCUCUGCACAACACAGACAACGACAAGAAGCUAGACUGAGGCCCCGACUGCAGCCAGCACUCAGCACACAGCAUCCGCUCCCAUCUGCAAAAUCUGACGCGGCCACCACUUCUCAGGGAUCCUGCCCCAAGCCAGCGUCCCUGAGGAAGCCAGUCCCCUGUCCCCGGUCUCAACAGAUGCACAGAGCUUCGGGGGCCACAAGGAAAUCUCCAAGAUGUUUUUCACAAAAUGGAAACUCAUAUGGAACAAAAUAAGAAAACUCAGCCAUGAAAUCUACCGAGAAGUCUUCAAGUUCAUGUCACAAAGUGGCCACCUUGGACCAUAGUCACCAAGGCCAUUCUCUUUAAAACAUUCCUCACAGAUGGAGACUCGAGGUGUUUCUGUUGCUUCAGACGUUCUCCCCUGCAUGGUCAGUGGCUGUUUUAGGAGCAUUAGUCCCCAUUCGCUGAGCCCUUCUUGUUUAUGUCUAAUUUAAGUUUUACAUAGAAGCCCAUAUGUGAAUGCAGUAUCAGCUGCAAGACCAGGGAGGAGAAUGACAAGCUGUGCAAAAUAGCUACAUGUGAGGAAGGGUGGUGUUGUGCUUCUGCCAGCCCUCGUAGCUGCUGGAGCAGCGGAGAACACAGGUGGGGGGUUUGAUGGGCCCCACGUGUCAGGUAUGUCAUGCGUGAACCCAGCACAGUCGCAGUAUGAUGAACACCUGGCAGGAUGGGUUUUCUGGGAAUAAUUUAUUAUUUUUUAAAGUAGGACUAAUGAAGCAAUAAUGUUCCAGACAUCUAUCUAAACAGUCACUCGGGGUCCACACACAAGCACCUCGGGGGCCUCUUUUCUAUCUUGCUGUGCUACUGAAAACCCUUGGAUGUAAUGUUUGUUAAUGAAUUCUGUGAAUUCUGUGAACAAUAAUGUGAUUGAAAAUAAGUCUAAACAGGUGUAAAAGUGAUCACAAUGACAUGAAAUAAAUUUAAGAAGUCUACAUCAGCAACAUGCAGAUGGUUUCUAUUUCUAAGCUCCUAAUUAAAUGCAAUGUUGGCAGAUUCUCUGUUAACUUUAAAAAGCGCUUUUUAAAUUAGGACUUAUUCUACAGGCACUGGAAGACCUUGCUUGGGUGGGUUAUUUGUUUCAUUUUAAGAAAUCAUGUUUGCAAUUUUUAUUCAGUUGAAAUGGUAUAUCAGAAACAAAAGGCAAGAGUCAUCAGACUGUUCCUUUUGACUCUCUUCUGUUGCAUUUAGGAACUCUAAACUUCCCAGGACCUUCACUCUUUCAAAUCUUUUUACAGAGAGUCUGCAGCCAAGUAGUUCUGGAAAUAAAGUGAGGUGAAUUUUAUAGUUUA